GGGUGCAUGGAGCAGCGCCGGGAGAGCGCCCACUGACUCCAGCGGCCCGGCACGGAGUAGUUAAUUAUAUAAACAGCUCAUUAAAUGCCGUUGGAUACGCGUUAAAUGCGCUAUUUGAUGGUGCUCUGGAUCUGCGUGUAAAGGGCUGCGCUUGGGGCUGGGCUUGCCAUAAACCUCUCUGCAAGGUCUUGGCGGUGGAGGCGGCGCAUGCAUUAGGUAGCACAUUGGGUGGGCAUAGGGUAUGCCGCGAUUGGGGUAUGGCUUUUACAACCUAAAUGAUUCUACAUUAAGAAGUGCAUAAAAUGCACAAUGUGCAUCUUGCAACCAUGGCUGAUCCACCUUGCUGCACAAUGUGAUUCAGGAGCAAAACCCGAGCGCUACAGGACAGCCUUUGCCCUUCAGGAGGCCAGCCAUUGUGUGAGAUGCUGCCAGGUGCUGGUGUCUAUUACUUCCCAUGGGAGAUCGACAGCUCAGUCCCUGAGGGGAAGACUCUGAGGACAUUUGGCAGGUUGUGCCGCUAUGACCUGGCCCGAUCUGAAGCUGUUCUCACCACACAGCACAACUUGGCUCAGUACCAAGUCUGUGUUGACACCAAGUUUGUGGAGCCGUUCCAAGCCCAAGUGGGUUCUUUCUACAUGGUCCUGGGAGAGGCUGAACACAGGGAAGAAACUUCCAGUCCUGUGGUAAAAGCACGAAUAUUGACCUGCGUGGAAGGGGUGAACGUGCCUCUGCUGGAACAAGCCAUACAGGAGCAGAGGAAAUACUUCAGUGAGAGGCAGGAGCAGAGGGAAAACAGCACAUCCUGACAGCAACUGUGAGACCAGCCACAUGCUGGUCCUUGCACUACCAUUUGCAACAAAUAUGUUUAAUUUAAAUUAGGAGGUGUGUUUGCUGUGGCAAGCACUAAAGUCACUCAGCAGGGAAACACUUGAAGACUCUGAGUCAAUGUAUGUGACUGUGGGCUGUCCAGUCCUGCUCCAGGUGUCAUGACUGAAAAUAGCUCUGGGAAGCAGGUUUGUUGUUUAUUUGAAAGGGUGGCUAAGGAAAGAGAACACUUGGGUUAUACUGGUCCUUUCAUAAUGCACGGCAUGAAGAAGUCAGAAGAAGAAAUCUCUGAAUCUGGAGUUAAGCAGCUCACCUUUGGCAGAUGGGGGGAAAAGGGCAUUAGCACAAAGUUC